AUGGACCUCCAGCCUCGACAUAUUACAGAACCACCACCUAUAUUCACCAGUAGCGCUAAUUAUUCCGCAGCUGUGGGUUAUCCUGCAUUUCUUCACUGUCAGACUCAGCCAUCGAGUGAAGUGGAAAUCAAAUGGUUCCGCUUCGGCUCUAUCAUGGUCAGCGACGUGAAUAAGAUGAUCCACUCGAAUGGUACGCUUCAAAUCCUCGCAACCUCUCGAGCAGAUGCUGGUUCGUAUGAGUGCCAAGCUCGAAACAGAGCAGGAAUGUCAAAUUUAAGGACCAUGUUAGAGCGGGCUCAAUAG